AAUCUGACGGAGCUUGCUUCGCCUGAGCUCUUUAGCCUGGAAGUGCCUGAAGCCGCCAAGACCCUGGAGGGUAGGGGGCUUCCCUCCUGUGGCUGAUGGAGCGGCUGGUGCAUGAGAAAUUCUUCUCUCAUAGUUUCACAUUCAGUCUGAUUUGGGGCAUGACUCUUGUGAUGCAGUGCCGGGCACAAGGAAAUGUGAUCACUGAGAAUGAGACAGUGAUGCUGGAGAGACCUGCGUCUUUAAAAUGUUCUCUGCAGACUGUUCAAGAGGUCAUGAUAGUCACAUGGCAGAAACUCACUAAUAGAGGACCAGAAAACAUGGCGACUUUCAGCAAACAACAUGGAGUAGUUAUCCAAUCACCUUACAAGAGUAAAAUAGAAAUGACUCAGCCAGGGCUCAGUGAAUCGACCAUCACCUUCUUAAGAACGGCAGUUGAGGAUGAGGGAUGCUAUUUAUGCAUCUUUAACAUCUUUGGUGUUGAAACAGUCCCAGGAAAAACCUGCCUCAGUCUUUAUGUACAGCCUACGGUUUUCAUGGACUACCAGCUCUCCGAAGGUCACCUGAAUGUCACCUGCUCUGCCACUGCGCGGCCAGCCCCUGUGAUUUCCUGGAAGGUCGGGCUAGAGGUGCCAAAUAGCGUUGAGAGCAUUGUUCAUCCGAAUGGUACCACAUCAGUCAUUAGUGUCCUCCACAUCAAAGACUCUGAGAACCAGCUGGGGAAAAAGAUAUUCUGUAAUGUAGAGCACAUGAAUAAUAGGAUGGAAUACAGCGUGAUCCCAACCAAAAAUGGUGCAGGCCUUCAUUUUUCAGUGGCUAUAUUUGUGGGUAUUCUUGUGCCUGUAGUGAUUCUGCUGGCCUUGAUUUCUAUCUUACUCUACUGGAAAUAUCGGCGCCAGAGUAGAGGAAUAUAAUUUUUCCCCUGAGGACUGCUUUAGAUGUAUCCUAGAAAUUUAGGAGCAUGGAGUCAUUGAGCUAGAGCCAGAGGGAACCUCAAAAAUCAUCCAGUCAAACUCCCACAUUUUAAAGAUGAGAAAAUUGAGGCUUAGGAAGGUUGUGACUUACCCAAGGUCAAACAAGUAGCAAAUAUCACAGGUAAGAUUUAUAUCUAGGUCCUCUGGGUCCAGGGUCAGUAUUUUUUCCUCUGUGCCAUGUAAUAUUACACAUUCUAACUGUCUGUAUUGGUGUCUUAUCCUCUUCUUU